AACGCUUGGACGUGUCGCGAGCAGCAACAAAUUAAGAAAACGAACACGAAUACGCUUGGAACAGCAAGCUGAAUGUGCCUCAAACCAACUCUCGCCAUGCACAGCAUUCUCGCCACAGCCCUUUGCCUGCUGCUCUGGUCGAAUGGGCGGCUGCCUGUUGACGCCCAAGCGCCUGGAUUGCAGGUGGUGAAGCAUUGGAAGCUGCUGGGCUACAACUUUGAGUCAAGUGCACGGGCCAGCGAUCCGCAGUUUUAUAAUCCAGAGAAUGUGCUCAUCACGGGCAUUGCCGUCACAGAGGAUCGUAUUUUUAUAGCCACGCCCAAGCUGUUUUCAGGCGUCUCCUCCACUGUGAGUUGGGUGUCCAAGGCACAGAUUGGCGACUCGCCCACGCUGCAAGCAUAUCCCGACUGGUCCUUCUCGAACACAGCGCGCUCCAAUUUCAAUUGCAGCGAUCUGAUCUUGACUUCGGUCUAUCGCCUGCGCAUCGACUCCUGCAAUCGCCUGUGGCUGCUCGAUGCGGGCAUCUCGCGCUCUCUGGAGGACUAUGAGAUCACCUGCCCGCCCAAGAUACUUGUGGUCGAUCUAAACACGGAUCGUGUGGUGCGUCGCAUUGAUUUCCCGCCCGAGGUGUUGCGUGGUGAGACGUUAUUUACCAACAUGGUCAUUGAUGAGACCACGGCCAAGAGCUGUGACGAUGUUUUCGUAUACAUCACGGAUACCGUGGAGCCGGGCAUUAUUGUAUAUGACAGCGGCAAGGAUGUCACCUGGCGUCACUCGCAUCCAGCCAUGUAUCCCGAUCCGGAUUUUGCGCAGUCCGAGAUUCACAACGAUCGCUUCGUGCUGAUGGAUGGCGUUGUGGGCUUGACGUUUGAUGAGCGCAAGGGCGUGGUCUACUUCCAGCCACUGGCCACAGAUCGUGUCUUUUCGGUUCACAAGAAUGUACUACGCGGCGGUCCACUGCCGAGUGGCCAGAUGCUGGAUGUCAAGCUGGUGGGCAAGAAGUCCUCGCAGGGCAUUGGCUUGGCGGUGUCACCGUUCGACGGCAGCCUGAUCUUUAGUCCGCUCACCGAGACGGCCAUUGCCUCCUGGAAUCCAAGCAACAAUCAGCAAUCCGUGCUGGCCCAUGAUCGCGAUAAGCUGCAGUUCGUGGCGGACAUGACAACAACCCGCGCAGAGCCGGGUGUCAUCUAUGCCAUAUCCUCCAAGUUUCAUCGCUUCUUCCUGAAGAAUCUGAAUCCCAAUGAGUACAACAAUCGUAUAGUGCGUCUGGAGCUGCCGCACGCCAAGCCCGGCGCCCCCAAGAGACCCCUGCUGGGGCAUCCGCUGACGCUGACCACGGCUCCAGCCCACAACAGUUUGCUGCACUACAAUUUGUACAAUACACACGUGCACGCUCAGAGCACCACAAAUGCGCUGCAAACGUACUUUACAAGUCCGGCGCUAACCACGCCCCUCACCACCAAGACACCCUACAAAUUCGAGAACGCGGGCAUUGUCAACUAUGGACUGCGCAAUCCAUUCACAGCGCUCAAUCAAGGCGAGGCCUUUCCGCCCACCAAGGCUACACGGGACAACUAUCAGCGUUCCUAUCUGGACACCCUCGUGGGUGGCCCUGUGACCACGGCAGCAGCAACAGCACCAGCUGCGCCCACGCCCUACUCCAACCGCCACAGUGGUUACUACUAUCAUUAAAAACGUAUUUAUAAAUGUUUA